AUGAAAAUCUUAACAUCUCCAUUCCCAAUCCCACUAACACAGUAUAGCAAGCUCCAUUUUCCGUUCAAAGCUCACCUCCCAAAUCUCAAACCCGUAUGCAGAGCCUCCAUUAUUCCACCACCAGCAGACUUUGAUUUCAAGAAUGAAAUUCUCAGAAUUUCAACAAGCACAAUAGCCAAAACCCAUCCAGAAUUGCUCGAUUUGGCGCAUAAUGGGACCUUGGUACUGAUCAACAAAAGUCAAUAUGGACCAGUCCCUCCAUGGAGAAGUGAAUUUGUAGAACCGGAGGCCAUUUGGCUUAUUGGUACCACCCAUAUAUCCCAAGAAUCUGCUUCUGAUGUUCUAAGGGUUAUCCGUGCUUUGAGGCCUGACAAUGUUGUUGUGGAGCUAUGCAGAAGCAGAGCUGGGAUCAUGUAUGCUUCUGACAAUGGUGAGCUCAAUCAGCAGUUGAGGUCAAACAUGUUUUCCUUGAGUGGUUCUGGGUUCUUUGGGGCUGUUGGCCGCAGUAUUAACUUGGGGGGUCAAACUGCUUUAGCACUGCGCCUACUGUUCGCGGCAUUCUCUUCAAAAAUGUCUUCAGAUAUUGAUCGUCCUUUUGGUGAUGAGUUUCGUGCUGCUAGAAAGGCUUCUGAAGAAAUUGGUGCUCAAAUAGUGUUGGGGGAUCGACCAAUUGAAAUAACUCUUGAAAGAGCAUGGAGUUCACUUAAGUGGAAGGAGAAGCUGAGCUUAGUGUCUACUGUCAUUCGUGGAAUAACGUCGUCCAAGUUUUCCAUGGAUACAUUAAAGGAAUCUAGUACUAGUGAUGACAACUUCCAGCUCUAUGACCAGCUAAGCUCUUCAUAUCCAUCACUGUUGCCACCUCUCAUAUAUGAACGUGAUACAUAUCUUGCUUGGUCCCUGAAGAGGAGCAAAGCUGUGAAUAACGGUAAGAAAGUAGUGGGAGUUAUGGGAAAGGGCCACAUGAACGGAGUUAUAUACUCGCUUGUUUCAGAUCAAGGAAACUUGCGAUUCCAAGACCUUGCCGGGAAGAGGCCUUCAGGGGAUGACUACGGCUGGGUUGGUUCAAUUGCCAAAGACUUGGUAAGAGAUACUGCAAUUGGCAUUCUACUAUGGCUAUUGUAUGAGCAGAUGAAAUCAAUGCUAUAG